GUCACUGUCACACCUCUAAUUUUUUUUCGAAUAUCUGGUGUUUUUUGCAGAACACAGAUUAAUGUUAUUGCAAAAUUAAAUAGAUUUGGCUUCUCUUUAGUAGUUAUAAAUCAUUUUAAAAUUUCUUUUAACUGUAUACAUAUAGUUGUACUUUGUACAUUAUGAGACAUUGCGAUGACUGUUAUAUGUAAAUAGCAUAAGGUUAUGUUUUAUCAGAUGUCUUUUGGCCGUCAAAAGUAACAUAGACCAUGGAUCCAAAUAUCUAUGCAUUAGUGCUAGAUACUCUCAACCGAGCCACCAGCCAGGAAGCAGAGGUUCUGAAGCCCGCGGAGAAGAAGCUUCAAGAAUGGGAAAUAGAACCAGGAUUUUAUUCUGUAUUAUUGAAUGUUCUAUCAAACCAUUCAAUUGAUAUAAACGUCAGAUGGCUGGCUGUGAUGUGUUUCAAGAAUGGAGUGGACCGUUAUUGGCGACGGAAUGCUCCUAAUGCAAUUACAGAUGAAGAGAAACACAAACUACGGCAAGGACUUCUUACUACACCAAUUUUGAAUGAGCCUGUCGCCCAAAUAGCAACGCAACAAGCUGUUUUGAUUGCCAAAAUUGCUAGAUUUGAUUGUCCCACAAACUGGCCUAAUCUGCUACCAGACUUAAUAGGAGCUAUGAAAGCACCGCAGCCACUGAUGCAACAAAGAUCAUUGCUUAUCUUCCAUCAUGUUGUGAAAGCACUGGCUUCCAAGAGACUUAUUGAAGACAAGAGAACAUUUCAAGAACUGACUGUAUCAGUGUACUCGUUCAUACUUAACCUAUGGCACGAGAACACCGAACUGUUUCUCCGUCAUAUCCAAGAAGGAGCGGCGACGGAAUUGAUAACGGAGCAUUUAGAAAAGGCACUUCUCUGUUUAAGAAUAUUAAGAAAGUUAACAGUCUUUGGGUUCAAGAAGCCUCAUGAAAGCCAGGACGCAAUUGCUUUUCUCAAUGUUGUGUUUGACAGGGCCAAGACGAGCUUGGAAUGCAGAAAACUACUAAAAGGCCGUGGGAUAUAUCCUCUAGAGUUAUGUGAAAAGUUUAUAAUACACCUAACAAAGGUGGCACUUGGAGUUUUGUUCUAUCAACCAUUUUCCUACAUACCUCUAAUUCGACCGUCUUUGGAAUUCGCUCUGUACUACUGUUUCACUGAACAAGGCAUGUCCCUGACAUAUGAACGAUUCACAAUACAAUGUCUCAACAUAUUCAAAGGGAUAUUGCAAUGUGUGGAGUACAAGCUUCCUAAAGGAACGGAACCUGUAAAGGAGCCUUUGACGCUCCAGGCUCACCAGAUGAAGACGGACGUGUUGGACCAGAACACAGUGUGCCACAUGUGUCGCCACCUCGUGACGCACUACUUCUUGCUGAGUGGGGACGACCUCGCGCUGUGGGACGCGGAGCCCGAGAGCUUCGCCACCGAUGAGGCGGGGGAGUCUUGGAAAUAUAGCUUGAGGCCGUGUACGGAAGCAGUUUUUAUGGAAUUGUUCCACGAGUUCCGAACAGUUCUCGCACCAGAGCUGGUCCGUCUUCUCGCCUCGCUGCAGGAGAGUCAGGUGUUGCCUGACGAUUUGCCGGCCAUUUUGAAAAAGGAUGCAAUUUAUAAUGCCGUUGGACUCGCUGCCUUUGAUCUCUAUGAUGAUGUUGACUUUGACGAGUGGUUCACGAAUGUUUUAAGCCAAGAGCUCAAAAUAAAAGAUAACAACUACAGAAUAAUUAGGAGAAGAGUAUGCCAGCUGAUUGGUCAAUGGUGUGGGGUGCGCGCUUCGCAGUCCAUUCGUCCGGCGAUGUAUUCAGCGCUCCUCGAGCCGCUGACGCGCGCGGGCGAGGACCCGGCGGUAAAACUUGCAGCCGCUGAAGCGCUGCGUAGUACGAUAGACGACUUUAACUUUAACGUGGAACAGUUCGCGCCCUUCGCGCCACACGCGCUCUCCGCAUUGUAUGAUCUCCUGGUGGAGUGCGAGGAGUGCGAGACGAAGAUGCACGUGCUGCACGUGGUGUCGUUCGUGACGGAGCGCUGCGGCUGGGCCGUGGCGCGCGGCGGCGGCGCGGGCGCGCUGUUCGCGGUGCUGCCGGCGCUGUGCACGCACGCGCAGCACCACCACAUGCUGCGCGCCGCCGCGCUCGCCGCGCUCGUGCACCUCGUCAAGGCGCUCGGCGAGUGCGCGCCGAACGUGCGGCCGUGGGUGCUGAACGUGGUGAACGAGUCGACGAAGCUGAGCGAGCCGGCGCACGUGUACCUGCUGGAGGACGCGCUGGAGCUGUGGCUCGCCGUGCUGGAGACGUCCACCAGCGCCGACCCCGCGCUGCUGCAGCUGGCGCACAACCUCUACCCCAUACUGGAGCAGUCGACGGAGCACCUGCGGAUAGUGGUGUACAUAAUGCAGGCGUACGCGCUGCUGUGCCCGGAGGAGUUCUUCACGGACGCGGGCGCCAAGUGCAUGUGCCUGCUGGACGACAUGCUGAGCGACAUGCGCACGGAGGGCGUCAUCACCGUGCUCAAGAUGGCGGAGAUAUGCGUCAGCGUGGGCUUCCCCGAGCGGAACGCCUUCCUGGGGGUGAAGGUCGUCUGGCCCACGCUCCUCAGGGUCAUACACUGCCUUCUGGAUGGCGACGACUUACCAAUGGUCCUGUCGGUGAAGCUGUGUCUCCUGUCGCGGGUGAUACUGCUGUCAACCGAGCUGUUCUACAAGGCGAUACAGGAGGCGUCCGCUUGUCUCGUCGAAUACGACUCCGAUCCCGCCAAAGUUUUGAAUAGAGUCCUUCACGUGUGGACCGAGAAGAUGAACCUCGUGACGCAAGUUGAGAGGUGGAAGGUUGUCGGGUUGGGCUUGGCGGCGCUCCUCACGACACAGAACGCGACAGUUCUCGAACGCUUUCCCGCCAUUUUGUUAAAUUUGACUGAAGUUCUCAAUGACGUCAUGAAAAUGGAAGAAUCAGGAAAUUAUAUCGACGCGUUGGUGUCGCCGCCCGGCUCGCGGCCCGCGUCGCCGCUGGAGGGGCGCGGCGGCGCGGCGCGCUGGGAGGGCGCGGGCGCGGGCGCGGGAGCGGGAGCGGGAGCGGGCGAGGCCGAAGACGGCGCGCGCUCGGCGCACGAGCUGCGGCGCCGCCGGUUCGCCGCCGCGCACCCCGCGCGCGCGCUCGACCUGCGCGCCGUCACGCACCACCAGCUAGAAACACUAAAGAGUCAAGUGGGCCCUGAAACCUUCGAACGGUUGCUGCAAUCGACGGACAAGGAGACGCUCAAGCAAAUAAGAGAAUACAUACCACUUUAAAUAUAUUAUAACCAAAAAGAUCCACCUUUUCCAUUUGUCUUACCUUUAGUACAAUUUCCGCACAAGGAAAUGUAUAUUUUUUCAAUUAAUUCAUGGGUUUCGAUUAUGAAAAAAAAACACCAUUAAAUUUUAUCGGUGUGUGAUAUACAUGAAGUUACGUUUUUCUUAGGAAAGAAAUGUAUUUUUUUUUAAUAUUAUCAGUCCGUUAUUUUUAACAAUAACAUCCAUAUGCUCCGUUAUCGCAAUAAUGAAAAUAUAAACUAUAAUUAUAGUUUUAUUUUUAUAUAUACAGCUUAUGAAUAAAAUAUAUUCAUAAUUAUGUGAUAUACAUACGAUUUUCCUACACAGCUUUAAAUAUAAGGCUUAAAGUUUGUACAUGGCAUUAUAUAUAUUUUCAAACAUGUUAUGUAUAGGUAUUCACAAUAAUUGUUCGAAUUAUAAGAUGUCUUUUAAAUCAUACGAAAAAAUAAUAGUGCUUGUAUUAAAUUUAUCAGAAACAUAAAAGAAAAAUUCGUUUUAUUUCUUAUUAAUUUAAAAUAUCUUGUUACCUUGUAAUUAUCGUAUUUUGUCUGGAAUAGAAGUAAUACCAUACGCAAAAUAAUCUAGGCAUAGGGUUAGUAUGCACAACAAAUUAUAAAAAAAAAAUAUUAAAAAAAAAAACUAAAAUGUAUACGAAUAUUUUGCAUUCUUUAAUAAUAUCUUUAAAUACAAGUUAUUUUUAUUGCGAGCGAAAAUAAAAGAAAAAGCAAAUAUGAAAAUUAACUAAAAAGCGUUUAAAUCAAUAAUUAACAAAAAAAAUAAUAUUUUAAGAAAUGUUGCACUAUAAACAUUUUUAAGUUUUUUUUAUGGACCAUAUAUGUAUAAUUGACAUUUUAAUGUAUUACAGUGAGAUAAAUUUAAAGAAAACUUUAGUGAAGCCAUUCUUGUUAGUAUUAUUUGUUUAUACAGGACCGUUAAUUUAGUAAAAUGGAUUGCUGUGACCAAUUGAUCGAGAUUAAACUAGUUUUCGUUAAUUUUAAAUUAUGCAUUGUGGAUUGGUUAUUAGACUGCUCGAUAUUAUGAAAACAUAUUAUGUACCUUAAAAUCAUUGUAAUAAUGUAUAUUUUAAAAAUUUCGAUGACCACAGAGACUGAUUUACGAAUGAAUACCAACAUUUCUUGCAAUAUAUAAAUGUAUAAAAAAUUUAAUACAAUAUUAUAUACACAAAUGUAUUGUAAAUUAAUUUUUAAAAGCAAUAAUUUGUUAGCACUACUUUUGCUUGUAACUUUUAAACUAUUGUCAACCAUUAAAACGAAUACCGAUUUCAGGUAAUAACAAAAAAGUAUAUAAUAAAAAGUCAAAUUAUAUAUCUUAAGAUUUUCUCAAUAUAUAAGUUCCUUAAAAACUUAUGCAUAAUUAUAAUAAUGAAAUGAAUGUAAAAUUGUAUGAUAUUGCCAUUAUGUAUCUAUUUUUAUCGCUUUAUAAUUAUACGUAAGCUUCUUUUUUUAUAUAAUUUACUGUACAUAAUAAAUGUACUAUAAAGUAAUGUUUAAUUGUUAUUUUUUCAAGUAUUUUUUUUUAGUUUUAUAAAUGUAAAAUUUAGUAAAUAUUAUGACUAAAUCAAACUUCAAUAAUAUGUGUACAAUUUUGUUUAAUUUUUCUAACAAUUUACAGCUUUACCAUAUAUGUUUAUGGGAUAGUUAAACAGUGAUUUUGUCUCCUUCUUUUAAAUGUCAAAUCAAUGGUGAUAGAAAGAGAGAAAUCAGUGUUUGACUAAACAAACUUUAUAAGUAUGGCUGUUAAUAAUAAUUCUUUAUUUUAAUUUCAAAAAGUAAAAUCAAAUAAAGGAAGGCUCGGUAAUUAAAACCACGUAAACUAAUUGUCUUAUGUCCGGUUACUAUGUUCAAGAAACGAUUCGUUUUACUUACGGAUGGUAUUAGAAUUGACUACUAAAUCUAAAUAGUCCCUUUAAAAAUGUUUCGUAAGGUUUAACUAGUCGUUAAUCGUAACACAAGAACCAUCGAUUACGGAUGUACAAUUCGUUAAAUAUAAGAACCGGACAUAAGCCAUUAGUCUAGUACGAUUUAUGAAACAUACUGGCGAUAAAAAUAAAUCCAAUAUAUAGUUAACAUUUCUUCAAAUCAAAUAAUAAUUUAUGUAUAGCAUUUAAAUGAAUAAAUUUGUUUUAUAUAAUUUAACUGGAAAUGACAUUUUCAUAAGCAAAACUAGAUAAUCUAGGUUGCCAUGCCUUGAAGCUACUUUCUUCGUUAGAUCUUUCGGAAAAAUUAUAGAGAGAAUAAAAUGAAACGUUUUAUAAUGUG